CAUCAAAUUGAAUUUUGCUUCUGUAAAAAUGUGUGCUGACAAGGACUUAUAAGAAAACGCAUACGCGAUACUCUCCUUCCUCCCUCCUAUAUAUAAAGAUGAUGCAAAUUAAUCAAUGGACCAUCAUUUUGUUCAUCGCAUUGUCAAUUACAAUACCUAUUUCGAAUUCUCAGAAAUCAUCGUCAUCAACUGUAGCCAUGGCUGAAGCUGCACCAGCAUCAUCUGCUCCUGCUGAUGUUUACAUCGUCUACACCGAGCAACCUGCUGAGGGAUCUGAUCAUGAAUCCUUCCAUCUUAGCACCCUUUCUUCUGUUGUUGGGAGUGAAGAAGCAGCCAAGGAAUCUUUGAUUUACGUUUACAAGAGCGCGGCCACUGGAUUCUCGGCCAAGCUGACUCCGGAGCAAGUUUCGUUGCUUGAAAAAAAACCCGGGGUCCUUCAGGUGGUGGUCAGCAAAACUGUUCAGCUACAUCCGGUCGUUGGUGGAACGAUGAAUAACAUGAUGGUUUGAUGCUGUCACCUCUGUAUUAUCUAGGCAUGGGCUUAAAUUCUGUCUGCAUAGUCUUUGUUCGUUAACAAAAAAUUUAACUGUGCUUGUUGCCAAUAAAUAAAAGUUUUCUACCAGUAGACAUUCAAAAAUAGUAUGGUUGUAGCCUUCAAUGGAUACAGUUCUUGCAAGUAUUGUGUGACAAUGGCCAUUAAUUUUAGCCCUAUGCAAAAUGGACCGUUGAUUGUGUAA